GGAAGACCAGGAUCCAGAGAGUAGACUAGAGGUUGGCGCCGAUAUGCGUAAAAUUCAUCACUGUUUCCAUCAUUUAAAGAAACUAUUGAAUGACAAGAAGACCCAUGAAAAGAGCACAGUGUCUUCCACAAUCAAAGAUCAAGUCUGCCAAGAACCAUUAAAAGAGGAAGAAUAUAAAAAGCUACGAGAUAUUCUACAGCAGAGAGACAAUGAAAUCAAUAUUCUGGUCAAUAUGUUAAAGAAGGAAAAGAAGAAAGCGCAAGAUGCUCUCCACUUUUCUAGCGUGGAUAGAAAUGACGGCAGACACGCACAGAGCUCAGCUCUCCCACCUGGGAACCCAGAAGGUCCGAGGACGUCGUCCUCAGCCUCCACACCGGUCCACAACUCCAGCACUUUUGGGUACAGAUCCACUUUGCUCCAGAGAAAAACAGGGAUGAGAGAGGAGAUGUCAUUAGGACGCCAGGAGGCUUUUGAAAUCUUCAAGAGGGACCAUGCUGACAGCGUUACCAUCGAAGACAACAAACAGAUUCUGAAACAGAGAUUUUCUGAAGCAAAGGCCCUGGGAGAAACUAUUAAUGAAGCAAGAAGUAGAAUCGGUCGCCUGAAGGAAGAAAUCACCCAGCGGCACCUGCAGCAAGUAGCUCUAGGUGUCUCAGAAAACAUGGCCGAGCCCUCGGUGCCAGACCUGCUGGAAGAGACUCUGCGAUCACAACUGGAGGAAGAAAAGAGAAGGUAUAAAACAACGUUUACGCGCCUGAAGGCCCUGAAGGUGGAGAUCGAACACUUGCAGCUGCUCAUGGACAAAGCCAAGGUGAAGCUGCAGAAAGAGUUUGAAGCCUGGUGGGCAGAGAAGGCCACCAGCCUGCAGCAGGUAAACUCUCCAGCAGUGAAGUCACUCAGCCACAUGAAGCCCUUUCCCCAGAUGCCUGAAUCCCAGCACGAAAGGCCUCCGCUUCUCUCUAACAAAAGGGAUGUGAAUGCCAGGAAAACCCCGCCCCCAUCUUGCCCCGUCCUGCACAGCCAGGAGCAGGACAGAACCAGCACGUCCCUGGAUGGCAGCCUCCCUGAGAGACCAACAUCAUCCAUCCCUCUCACCGGGGACAGCCAGACGGACUCUGACAUUCUGGCAUUCAUCAAGGCCAGACAGAGCAUUCUGCAGAAGAAAUGUUUCCAGUAAGUGUCCAGUCAUGCACUGUGGCAGCGAGAACAGACUACAGAUGAAAGCGCCUCCUCUCACUCGCCCUGACUUCAGAUGUGAUCUGUAGGCUGCUGGGAGCAACUAGUGACUGAUUUCAAUGGAAGGGACUGUGUUGCUUUAAGAAUGCUGUUCUGGAGGCUGCCAGUGAGGCUGGGGCCAUCUUUGCUGUGAGUGCUGAAGCUGCUGGCAGGGCCAGGCAAUGCCAGGGUGCUAGGGACAGGACAGGGACUUCAGCUCACCCUUGUAGUGGUGUUUGGCAUAGACGAUGAUAAACCUUUGAGAUUAUGAAAUAGCACCAGCAUAAUGUAGUGGCAGGGGAAGCUCACACUGGUAGAAUGGAGGGAAAUUAUCAUCAGUUAUUUUUGCCAUUUACCAGUCGCUCCCCUGCCCCCACCCACUGGCUUAGAAUCCUGGGAAGAGCUGGGACAGCUAGACAGCAGGUCAAAGCCAAAGACAAGACAGUGGAAUGCAUGGCAUCUGAUGGCCAGUCCGAGCCUCCAGGGCCAAACCCUCCACCAUCACCCUCAGGUCUGGAUGACCCAUAUAGGCGGCUCCUAAAUCAGCUGUGUCUCUAGAGAGCCACCCACCCUUCAGGGUGUAAGGACAUCACAGCACCCAGAGAGCAGGGAAGGCUCCGAGGAGCCCUGCAGUGUGGGCACCUUGGACCUUACACCCUCACCAAACCACUUGGGGCUGUACAGGAUUUGGGCCGAAACUCCCCGUUCCCACUGGGGAAAUAUAGCUGCCGGGGGUUUUGUCUCAGUCAGCCUCCCCACACCCCAGGACCUGGCUCCUGAUACAAAUCCAGCAGAGGGUGGGCCAGCCCUCAGGAGACCCUAGGAGAAAUGCCACAAGCAUCGGGGUGUGGCAGCAAGGUUCCAAGAUAGCUGCAGUUAGCGAGGGGCACUGGAGGCGGGGGAUAGGAAUGAUACCUGGAAAUGACGCUACUGAAUAAAAGUGCCUGUCCACUGCUAUUAUCUCUGACUUAUAAAUACAGGACCUCACCUUCCUGGAGAGAGAGCAUAG